GAACAAAAACAACCUCAGGGUUGCGUCCCAGCCCCGCGUCUGCCCUCCUCCCGGAACCAACCAAUAGGGCCAAGGCCGGGACUGCUCAACAGCGGCUGCAGCUCUAGCCCCAUGGAGGACAAAGAGCAGGUCACGUGAGGGGAAGCAGCAGCAUGAAAGAUGUAGACAAAAUUGAAACUUUAAAAGAAGAAUGGGUGUGUAAACAAGGAACCGAUGACCAAAUUCCUAGUGGUACAGAGCAAAGCUGUGAAUUUUUUGUUGAUAACCUUUUUGAAGAAGCUCAGAAGGUUGGUGCUAUAUGCAUGCCACCAAGUAAAGUUAAGAAUGAAGCUGAUAUAAUUAUUAAACUAUGGAAAAAUGGAUUUACAGUAAAUGACGGUGAACUCAGAAGCUACAAAGAUGUUGCAAACCAGCAGUUCUUGGAUUCAAUUAAAAAAGGGGAGUUGCCAUUUGAGUUACAAAAGACUUUUGAUGAUGAGCUGGAUGUGAAGGUGGAAGAUAAGAAAGACGAGGUAUAUGUAUUAAAGAAGCCAAUAUUUCACCCCUUUUCUGGACAAGGUUACCGGUUAGGCAGUGCGACUCCAAGAAUAAUUUCUAAAGUGAAAAAGGACCUUGAAGCUGAGAACAAAAGGCCUCUUCCUUCAAUAACGCUAAACAAUUUGGAACCAGUCACUAAUAUCCAGAUCUGGUUAGCAGAUGGGGAAAGGAUAGUACAAAAGUUUAAUGUUUCUCAUAGAAUAAGCCAUGUCAGAGACUUCAUAACAAAAUAUCAAGGAUCGCAGGGAAGUGUUCCUUUCUGCCUGACCACAUCUCUUCCUUUCCUAGAGCUGCUGGAUGAGACUCUCACUCUGGAGGAAGCUAAUUUGCAAAAUGCUGUUAUAGUUCAGAGACUUCAGAAAACAACUGAGCCUUUCAGAAGUUUUUCAUAGUCUUUGGUUUUAGAAGUACCUUGAUUAUGACAGUAGAACUGCUGCUGCAAGUAAUGGCCAAAAAACCAUAAAGACUUACCCGAACAAAUUAGCGUUCAACUCACCAAAAGUCUACAUAUAAGUUGAACUAAACUAGACAAAACCAAAAAAACCCUGAACAGCAAUAUCUGGAUGCACUGUAUCAUCUCCACAAAGCUGCACUCUUCUUAAAGAGCAAAAUGUGUGUUUUGUGCUGUAGUUUGAGGUAUUUUCUAAGCGUUUCAGUAUUUGGAGAAUGGCAGUAAUGAAGCAGAGGUAACCUAGUAAGACAGGGACCAUCAUCUAAGUUCCUCCUAGCUAGAAAGCACUGAUGGCCUUUUAAAGGCAUGUUUGGGUUAAAAUCACGAUUCUAAAAGACUUGUGUUACUAACAGCAAUUUAAGUGGAAAAUUAAGUCAAAUUUAAUCAUUUUAUUUUUUCACUUCAGUUUGGACAGUGAAACUAAACCACUUGGUUUCACUCAUGUUUCUAUAAGUCAAUUUCAGGUUGUGAGUCUCUUACCCUAAUGUUUAGAUUACAGAUGCUUCAAUGGCAGACGUACAUGUAAACACUUUUCACUAUUUCCAUAGAAACUCUUUAAAAUAAAGAAAUCAUGAAAAGCUACUGCAAUGAAGUUUAACAAAAUCUGAAUUUUGGGACUUCCCUUUCAAAGCCUGUAUUACACUUGUGCACAUGAGAACAUCUCAAGACAAGAAUGAGUUGGCUCCAUUGCAUACUGUACGUGAGGUGUUACAUCAUAAACUCCUGAGAUUUGCUUUUCCUAAUGGUUGAAGUAGCUGCUUGCCUCACUGGCAGCUCUGUUCCCAUCCCCAAGACAUGGAAUGUCAUGACAGGUGUGCUUUGAACUACUUGUGCUACUAGCAGCGUAAUCCAUUCUGAACCAUGUAAGACACAAGCAUGACACCCAGUAGUUCUAACGGUAGAUGAAAGAUGGCGAUAGAGAAAUAUAUAGUGAAAAUACAAACCUUCAUCUAUGCCAAAUUGCCAACUAUGGGCAGAGCUAAUUUGCACAUGUAAGUCUUCCAAUAACAUUUUAAAACCCUUAUUUUGGCAAUAAAGCUGUUUCCUUCUCUA